AAUGGAUCUGUACUCCAGUCUACAUUUUGUUACUGAUUCCCUAAUUGUUUAUAUGUACUUUUAACGAAGAUUAUUGAUCUAUAAGUAUGAAGGUCUAACAUACGAGUUGAUAAUAGGAAUAAUCUCAAAAGAAUAUCCCAAAUUGUCAUUUUCCUGAAAAGAAUACAUGAAUAGAAUUGAUGAUUAAUAUAAACUUACUGUGACUAUUUUCACAUUUAAUUCACAAUGAUAGGAUUAUUCGAAAUAUUAUGAAACAACAUUCAAAUAUUAUUUCAACUAAUCAAUAAAUACAUGAGAAUGAAUGCGCGUUCAAGUAUAAGACGUAGUUCUGUACUAUUAAAACUGGACAGUGGAUCUAAGAAGUGUAUCUAUAUCCACGGAAACUGUGUUAACCAACAACUGUGGAAGGCAAUUCUGUUGUCCAUCUAAAGCACUGUAGCUGAAAAUAAAUCAGUUUAUCAGUUCUAGACAUUCUAUGCAUAAAGGAUAAAGAUGUGCGAAAUGUCAGUGAUGUGAGUGACUUUGAAUAGUAGGUCUUACAAUAUGGAUGACGAACACAUAAUAGCUAAUCAGCAUAUUAACUAUGAAGCAUGGGAGUUUUAGCAUAUAUUGCAGCACCAUCUUUUCAUACAACAUUUUUGAAUGAAAAAGAUAGUACGUAAAUGAAUAAACAGUUGUAUCUCAGCUAGCGGAGUGCUGGACCAGUGCCCAGAAAAUCGUUGAACCGACUCUCAUCUCAACCGAUAUGAUUCUUCAGUUUUAACUGACACAUCUUCGUAUAUUAAGAGCAGUUUAUCUAAGCAAUGAUAUGUUAAAUAUAGUUUAAUCAAAAAUCAGUUAAAUAUUUGGUGCACUGUUUGCGAUUACAAGAUAUACAGUCAAGUGCAUCUAUUUCCAUGCUAACUAAAAUUAAUCUGCAUCAAUAUGUUCAUCACAUUUCGCACAAUGAAUGUUAGGAAUAUGCGUAUUUAAAAUGAAUUCAGGUGAUAUAAACACUAAGCUAAUAGCUUAUGAGCAUUUCAUCCAGCUUACUAUAAAACAAUCAUAUAUCACAUGGUUUGGGUUGAUCCUUUUAUCAAAGUGAGCUAACAACAAUAAUUUUGACUAUGUUUUAUCGCAGAAAUUCAUAAAGCGUGGAACUAUCGAUCGAAAAAGUGUCUCACUAAAGGUUCAAAAAUGUAGACGUUCAAGUUCAUCUGUAUUAGAACCAUUAGAAGAUAUGGUUACGUGUCCAAUUGAUUUGAAUUUCCUCGAUGAUCCUAAAUUGUUACCGUGUGGUCAUGCAUUCUGUUGCAAAUGUUUAAACAAUUAUAUGGAAAAGUUACAACCAUCAAAUAAUAACUCUGUGUCUACUACUCCUAAUUCUGAUAAUACCAAUUCUAACCAUAUCUUGACUGGUAAUCAUAAUUAUAAUAAGUCUAAGGAAAGAACAUCAUUUCCAUGUCCAAUAUGUCGAGCAUUGUGCCCAAUCCCAGCUACACGCAAGGCUGAUUCCUUUCCAAGUGCUUUUAAUCAUAAAGCAAUAUUAGAAUUUUUAAAGAAUAAUCAUAUCAACAAUUUUGUCUCACGUAUGAAUAGCACCAAUAGUAGUAAUACUGCUACAACAGAACAAAAUGAAGUAGCUAACAAAACUCCACCGCCUGUUCGUAAAACAUCCAUACAAGUCAGUUCUAGAAUGUUAAAUUAUAUUGUCGAUGAUAUUGCUUCUAAACAACGUGAUGGUCGAAUGAGUGCUGUUGAUCGAGCUGUUAUAAUUGAUGAAGUUAAUAAACUUCUGGUAAAUUUACAACCAACAAACACUGCCUCAACAUUACCUGCUCCUACUACUAAUCAACCUUUGAAUGUACACAUUUCCAAUUCAUUAGAUAAAAAUGAUAAUAUUGGUUGCAACACAAUGCCUCCUAGUGCUAAUGUCGUCACUACUAUGAACAGUAAUCAAAGUAAUCCACGUUCUAGUACACCAUCAACUAUUUCACCUACUAAUUCAACACGUCAUCUGGGCAGAUUCUAUGCUGCUGCAUCACGUAUUCGCAGGAUUACACUUAGUUCCAUAUCUAGUGAUCUCCUUCCUAUGGAUAAUUCAUCAUAUGUAUUAUAUCGUGAUGCAGAAGGUAUACGUAUAAUGAUGGAACGUAACUCAAAAUUUCAUGUACUUACUAAAGGAAAAGACUGUUGUAUUAUGCGACCAGGUGAAAAUUAUCAACCGAUUGAUUUAAAAUUAUUAACUAUGAAUGGAGAGAAUUCAAGUGUACAACGAUGUACACUGACAACAAAUACAGAUCGUGAUGAAUUGUUACUAUGGCGACAACAGUUACAUUUUGACAAUGAACUCUUCAGUAUCAAUCAUUCAUCAAAUAAACAUGGAUUGAAUCAAAUCAGUAGUCAAAUUAUUGUUGACAAUUCAAAUCCGAUUAGAAUUCAAUUUCUUCGUUUUCAUGGUUCACUUGUCUAUCUAAGUGGGAUUAUCACGCCCAGUACAUCGACAGCAUCUAAUGAAAAUGAUACCAUAGAAAGAUCAGAAUUCGGCAUUUUGGUAUGUUGUGAAGUUUCUGAUGAGAUGCAUCAUAAUACUACUUUAAUCAAUUGUAACAGUAGCAAUAAUAACAAUCAUGAAAAAAAUACUGCAACUAAUCCUUUCCCAAUUGUAGCAACUUCAAGUUUCUUUUAUCGUGAUACAGUUGGUUUAGAAAGACAAAAUGAACCUAUUAUUUUUGGUAUUGAUAUUGAUCAUUCGAAUGGGGAUAUUUAUGUUGCACAACCAGCAAAUGCAAUUAUAUGUCGUUUAAAGUCGAAUGAUUUAACUAGGAUAGAUCGUACAUGGUAUUUGAAUGAUCCACAAUUAUCACCCUACUUUUUAUGUUAUGCUAAGAAUGAACAAACUAUUUGGGCAACAUGUCCAACUGAAGAUAAAGUCUUAAUACUGGAUAUUGAUGUUGAUGGAUACUUUCAUUUUACACCAAGUGUCUCUUUCGGUAUUGUUCCUGGACAUAUCAUAUACACAUCAGAUAAUCGUAUUAUUCUGUUGGAUCAGUCGAAUAAUGAUUUGUAUUGGAUAACAAAAAUUGAAAAGGCUAUAUGCGUACAACGUUUAACCUUUAAUAUGUUAGUCAUCAAACGAAAAAAUGUCAUAUAAUGGCGAUACAACCAGUGUACAAUGAUGAAGUGAACACUAGUCAGCAUUUUCAUCGAAGUCAACAACAAAGUAAUACAAAUCAUCCCACUCACAAAAGUGAUGAUAACAAUCAUCAUUAUAGUGAAGAUAACAAGACGAAAUUGUUCUCAAAACAUUCCUUUGUUACAUCACCAGCAUCAUCAAUUCAUAAACUACGCGGUGGUAUAGUUUGUGCACACAAUUAUGGUUGUUCUGUUAUUUAUCCUCAGAAAUUAUUUUCACGUUAUAAAUUCACUAAAAUAUCAUCAUGUUUAAAUUUAUGCGGUAAGAUAUAAGCGCUUUAUUGAAAUUCUUUAUCUAUAUAGAUAAAAAAGAAAACAUGACAAUAAGUGAAGCGCCGGUCAUGUCUUCAACAGAUUAGCAGUUAUGCAGUGUUGGUAGUAGUAGUAAUAAUAGCUCUAGUUUUUCAAGCCUUGAGAUCUAAUGAGAAGAGGGAACAAAACACUGUUGCAUUUAUGUUGUGAAAAUAAAAGCCUAAUUUAUGUAAAUUUAUUUGUUUAUGUGUAGUUUCCAGACGAUACUUCUCACCAACAUAACUCAACAUCACCCCACAUAACUAAUUAAUCGACAUGCAAAUAAAUGUGUAUUAUCCGCUUCGUUUUUUAUCAUUUUUAUGUUGUUUCUUCUUCAUAUAUUGUUAUGAGAAAUUUUCUCCGCUUUUAUUCUCGUAUUGUUUUGUAUUUAUUUCAUUUUUAAUGUGUAUUUUCGUUGUUUUUCAUUUCACAAAAAUGCGUGUUAAUUUUCAUAUUACUUCCAAAUAGUUUUACAUAUUGUGUGUGAAAGAAAUCGACAGAGUACUUAUACUAAAAAUAUCUACCAUUUUCAUCUUUGCUUAUCUAUCUUCAUCCUCUUAAAAUUUAUUCAUAUAUAUAUAUAAAAGGAAUACCUUG